AAAAUCAAAGAACUCCAAAACAAAAGUCAUCGGAGGACAAAUGUCAAAAUAAACACAAAACAAAAAUUUACAAGUCAUCGAAAAAUAAUUGAAAAUGGCUACCACCCUUGAGGAUAAAUCUAUUUGGGAUGAUGGUGAGGAAACAUUAGGAGAAGAGGUUCUUCGUAUGUCAACCGAUGAAAUAGUCAGCAGGACGCGUCUGAUGGACAAUGAAAUCAAAAUCAUGAAGAGUGAGGUUAUGCGUAUAACUCACGAAAUUCAGGCCCAAAACGAAAAAAUUAAAGAUAAUACUGAAAAAAUAAAGGUCAAUAAAACCUUGCCGUAUUUGGUGUCAAAUGUAAUUGAACUCCUCGACGUGGAUCCUCAAGAAGAAGAGGAUGACGGUGCUGUUUUGGUGUUGGACAACCAGCGUAAAGGCAAAUGUGCCGUCAUUAAAACUUCUACCCGUCAGGCUUAUUUUUUGCCUGUCAUUGGAUUGGUUGACGCUGAGAAACUUAAACCAGGCGACUUAGUUGGUGUAAACAAAGACUCGUAUUUGAUCUUGGAAACAUUGCCUGCGGAGUAUGAUGCGCGCGUUAAAGCAAUGGAAGUGGAUGAAAGACCGACUGAGCAAUACUCAGAUAUUGGUGGUUUGGAUAAACAAAUACAAGAGUUGAUUGAGGCCGUUGUACUACCAAUGACGCACAAAGACAAAUUCAAAACAUUGGGUAUUCAUCCACCAAAAGGCGUUCUAUUAUAUGGUCCGCCUGGUACUGGUAAAACGCUAUUAGCCCGUGCCUGUGCUGCCCAAACCAAAUCUACUUUCCUCAAGUUGGCUGGACCACAGUUGGUGCAAAUGUUUAUUGGCGAUGGUGCAAAAUUAGUACGUGAUGCCUUUGCAUUAGCUAAAGAGAAAGCACCAGCCAUUAUUUUUAUCGACGAGUUGGAUGCCAUUGGUACAAAACGUUUCGAUUCGGAGAAAGCCGGUGAUCGUGAAGUACAGCGUACUAUGUUAGAAUUGUUAAAUCAGUUAGAUGGGUUUAGUUCCACCGCCGAUAUUAAAGUUAUUGCAGCUACAAAUCGAGUGGAUAUUUUAGAUCCAGCUUUGUUGCGUUCAGGGCGACUUGAUCGUAAAAUAGAAUUCCCACAUCCCAACGAGGAAGCAAGAGCACGAAUUAUGCAGAUUCAUUCACGUAAAAUGAAUGUUAGCAGCGAUGUAAAUUUCGAAGAGUUGUCACGUUCCACCGAUGAUUUCAACGGCGCACAAUGUAAAGCUGUGUGCGUAGAAGCUGGUAUGAUAGCAUUGCGUCGCAAUGCUACUUGCGUUACUCAUGAAGACUUUAUGGAUGCUAUCAUGGAAGUACAAGCGAAGAAGAAGGCCAAUCUUAACUAUUACGCUUAAACACGAAUUAAAAAUAAUUCGCUUCUCUCUUUUACUAUGAACUUUUUAGUUGUCUUACUAAUAUUAUUUGUAAUUAAAUGAAAACGAUCCAUUGGAAAUAAAAAUAUUUAAGCCCAAACCGUUUUCAAGUACUGGUAUAACCGAAAUGUAUUACAUACAUAAAUAAAACCAACAAAAAUAUUUGAAUAUAUGUGCACAAUU